UUUUUGGCGGGAAAGAUUCAAGUGUCUGCAACCGUUGCAUCCACUUCCACUUUCAAUUUUGCGGCACUGCAGGGUUCAUCAUCGCACAGGGCUGCAUCUUGGGCUUUGAGCUAACACUUCUCUCAUCAAAUCUCUUGAACAAGGUAUCCGACCUCAGGUGUGUCUCACCUUGGUCCUUCUGUCAUUUGAACAAUGGCAUACAGAGCAGAGAGUGGUGUUAAAAGGGGGAUCUCCUGGAGACAUAGGGAGAUUUUGGACCUGCUUCACUUUUGGGGGGAAGAGAAAAUCCAAGAGGCACUGCGAAACACGCACAGAAACCUGGAUUAUUUCGAAAGAAUAUCAGAGCAGAUGGCUACCAGGGGCCAUAGAAGAUCGGCUCUGGAGUGCAGAUCAAAGACGAAGACUAUGCGUCUCGAAUACAAAAAGGUGGUCGCACACAACAACAGGUCGGGCAAUGCACCCAUCACUUGCCCAUACUACCGGGAGCUCGAGAGCAUACUUAGAGGAGAUGCCAGCGUGCACCCAAAACGGCUGGCACGGAGCAUGGUUCUGCAGGUGAUGGGCCAAGUCCGAACUGAGCCAGUGGAACCUCAGGCUGGAUCUGAGGAGCUGUUCUCUCACGAGCUGGUGACCAUUCGUGCCGAUGACAUUAUGAUUUCCUCUCCUGGCCCCUCAGGAGAAAUCAGUGACCUAUAUGAUGAUAACACUAGUGGUUUCGAAGUGGAUCUGGAUGCCACACCUGACAUUCUCACUGAUCAGGCGGAUGCUGAGCAAUGCAGCGGCCUCGAUCGGGAAUCAUGGAAUAAGGAGAAUGACCCUCCACAACCCCAAUCCGAAUUGGCCGCUCCACGGCAGUGUGAACCAAUGGUGCCUGCAGAAGUAGUCUCACCUGGGACACGUCUGGCAAACAUUCGCCGUAGAAGGGGCAGUUCGGUCAUCAACAACGUUACAGAAAGAUUCCUAUCUCAGUCUUCAGCGGAACACCGCGAAGAGAUGGCCAUGCGUGAAAAGGAACAACAGGAGACCAGGAAGUGGCGUGAGGAGGAGAGCCGCAGACAGCUUGAAUUUAUAGAGGAGACACGGCAGGAACGCAGAAUCUUCCAAGAAUCGUGGUCAGAUAACAUAGAUGUGAUGCGUGCAGCUGUGGGAACGCUGAAAGCAUUGGGAGAGGCAAUCAUGCGCCAGCAGCUUCCCAUUGCUCAAGGGCUGGCCUCUGUUGUUGAAAGGCAACCUGAGAGCAAUGAAGAGGCUGGCAGAAAAGUGGCAGCCAAGAGAGCCUGUGUGGGGAAGGCCAGAGAUCGAUUGACCCUUUAGAUUAAAUAGUGAAAACCCUGCCUGGUCUUGAGUGGUGUUCACGAAUAAAUGGAGACACUUUAACAGGAACAAACCUUUGUUUUUAUAUUUCAAGUUAGAAAAUAACAGCUGUACAAAAGAAAUAUUUCUGUUGCUUGAUCUGGUGCAAAAAAUAAUUAAACAAAACACACUAUGUGAACAACAACAAACAAUUAACAACAACAAACUAUUUACACAUGUGGCCCCUCGCUGUCUAUGGGUCCUGCCCCCU